AUGGAGUAUUGGGAGAUUCCAGAGAGUGUUAGUACUUCUAUUCGGGCACCUUCUACUUGUAUACCUAGUGGCAGGCGAAAGAAAAAGAGAAUAGCUAGUUCAUGGGAGCAUAGAAAGGCUAAGACAAAUUCAAAACAAUACAAAUGCAGUAGGUGCGUAAUUGUUGAUGACAGCAUUUUCAAGUGGGAGGCUACUUUAAUCGGACCUGUGAACACCCCAUAUGAAGGGGCAGUGUUUAAAAUGAGUAUUAACUUUCCGCCUGAUUACCCAAAUAAUCCCCCAAAGAUUUGUUUCGUUACAAAAAUUUGCCACCCAAACAUAUCAGAUAACGGAGCCAUAUACCUAAGAUUGUUGAAGUCCACCUAUUGGCAUCCCAUGUUGAUUAUUUUGCUUUUCAAGAGAUUAGUGGAGAAGUUGAUUGAACCAGAAGUCGAUGAGGAGGACCAGAUAAAUAAAAAUCUUGCCAACCUCUACAAAUCUGAUAGGGCAAGGUUUGAAGCAAUGGCUAGAGAGAUUACAAACCACUACGCUGGGAGAGGAAACUGA